AUGUCUUGCGAACUGGGUUACGGAAAAAUGAAAAGAGAAGAAAUGAAGUUUACUUUUUAUGAUAUUCCACUUUUGAGCUUCUUGUUUUUCUUAGUUUUUACAAUUGCUUAUGGUCAGAAGGAAACACCCACUCUGCACCCAUUAUCAAUCCCUCUUGAUCUAAAUCUUGGAGACAGCUUGGACAUCCAGUGUAGUCUUAAGAGAGGACGCCUUCCUGUUUUCUUCGAGUGGAGAGUCAACGGACAGGCUCCUCCUAAGAGGACGGGUCUUCAAAUAAACACUUCUCAAAGAAAAUCUAAUUACUUCAUUGAAAACAUCUCUGCAGCAGACGUUGGAAAUUACACGUGCACGGCCUCUAACCAGGACGGUUUAGAUCGUGCUGCGGCGGUGCUCGACGUUGAAGGUCAGAAAGAAGCUCCAAUCCUUCAUCCUUUAUCUAUUCCUAGAGAUUUGAGCCUUGGAGACAACUUGGACAUCUCAUGCAUUCUGAAGCGGGGUCGUGUGCCCGUCCACUUCGAGUGGACGUUGAAUGGACGUCCACCUGCGCGUAGGCCCGUAAACCCCUCCCCCAAGCGUUCAGAUUACGUCAUCGAUAGCCUGACGGCAGACGAUGUCGGAAACUACUCUUGCACGGCCUCGAAUGCUGAUGGAAUGGACAGAGUUAGUGACAACCUGCACGUGGAAGCUUCUUCGGACAUUCCUGUCUUGCACCCUCUUCAUAUUCCAUCUGAUCUCGGUCUAGGAGAUGGUCUGGAUAUUAUCUGCAGUUUGAAGCGUGGAGAUCCUCCGGUCACUUUCGAGUGGGCCCUGAAUGGCCGUCCACUCAGAGACAGUACACAAGGCCAGAUGAGGAUCAACACCUCCGACCGGCGGUCCGUAUCUUCUUCGGGCGUACCUGUCUUGCACCCCCUUCACAUUCCAUCUGAUCUAGGUCUUGGCGACGGCCUGGACAUCACUUGCAGCUUAAAGCGGGGUGAUUCCCCAGCCACCUUCGAGUGGACCCUGAAUGGCCGGCCACUCAGGGAUUCCACCCAAGGCCAGGUGAGGAUCAACACCUCCGACCGGCGGUCCGUAUGCAUUAUCGCAAAAAUUGGACCCGAUCACGUUGGGAACUACACUUGCACCGCCAGAAACAACCAGGGCAUGGACCGCGUAUACGCCAUGCUCAAUGUGGAAGGUCAAAUGGAAGCUCCCAUCUUACAUCCUAUACUUAUCCCAAACGACUUAGGUCUCGGUGACAAUUUGGACAUCUCAUGCAUUCUAAAGCGGGGUCGAGCGCCCAUCCACUUCGAGUGGACGUUGAAUGGACGUCCACCUGCGCGUAGGCCCGUAAAUCCCUCCCCAAAACGAUCAGAUUACGUCAUCGACAGCUUGACGGCAGACGAUGUCGGAAAUUACACUUGCACGGCCUCAAAUGCUGAUGGAGUGGACAGAGUCAGUGCCACCUUGCACGUUGAAGUUCCUCCUCACUGGACGCAAGAACCAGUGGACACCACAGCGGCCAAAGGAUCAUCCCUAGUUGUGGACUGCGCGGCCACUGGUCAUCCACCUCCCAGGAUACAGUGGAACAGGCAAAAAGGUAACUAGGGUCCUGAUGUGGUCCGAGCGGAGUCUUCGUGGACGACUGCACCGAACGGCUCUCUGGUGUUUCCGCGGGUGGACGAAUCGGACGCAGGGCCCUACAUCUGUGAGGCCCACAACGGCAUCGGACCUGGUAUCACAAAAAGCGUUCGCAUCUCAGUGCACUCACCGCCCGAGCUCAAGGACCGUUUCUCCCGCGUAACUGUGCGUAGGGGCCACACGGCCCGCCUCCCUUGCGAGAUCCGGGGUGAUCCGCCCCUGCACGUUACCUGGAAGAAGGACCAGCAACAGCAGGCGCUCAACAUACAGUUUGGCACCAGGUUCGAGGUAGUACGAGAGAACACAGAUCACGGCCUAAAGUCUGAGUUACUAAUCCAGGACUCGCAGAAGACGGAUGCCGGACACUACCUCUGCUACGCCCACAAUCAGUUUGGAGAGGAUCAGGGCAAAGUCAAGCUAAUCGUUCAAGAGCCUCCUCCUCCCCCGGGGGGCCUUCGAGCCUCAGAAGUACAAGUGCGCUCCAUCCGGCUGUCAUGGCAACCGUCGUCUUCUGAUGAGAAUGGUUUGGUUGAGAACUAUGUCGUCCGCUACUGGAGAAACGACGAAAAGCGUGGUCAGCUUCACCAGGUAUCUCUUCCUGCGGUUCAGACAUCUGUUGGUCUCUCAGGCUUGCAUCCGGGCACCUCCUACAGUGUACAAGUGUUCGCGCAGAAUGAUGUCGGUCAGGGAGAUCCUUCGCAGCCUCUCACCUUUCGGACGUUAGAAGAGGCUCCGGACGGAGCGCCCCUGGAUCUGAGGGUGGAAGCAGUCAGUUCCAAGUCCAUCCGAGUUACGUGGAAGCCCCCUCAGCGUCAUCACUGGAAUGGACCCCUCCGCGGAUAUUAUGUGGGGCACCGGGUGCCCCCAGGACCCUUUACGUACCAGACGGUGGAGGGCGCAGACAGAAGAGGUGGUUCACUCCUUCUACAGGGGUUGCAGAGGGGCACCUCUUAUGCCGUGGCGGUUAAGGCUUUUAAUGCUGCAGGCUCGGGACCGCCCUCGCAUGAGCAGCUCGUGGCCACACUGGAAGAAGAUCCUCCCAAUCCUCCGGUUGUGGGCGUGUCGGACGUGACAGCAACUAGUGUGAGUAUUCACUGGAACAGCGGGCAUCCUGUUUCUGAAGCCUCCGCUGUCGUCCAGUACUUGCUGGAGUUCCGUGAGGAGGGCGAAGAGUGGGAGCGUGUUCACCUUCCCGGCGAGCGGCAAUCUUUCCACCUGCCCGGCCUGAAAGGCUCGACCCGCUACGAGCUGCGACUUGCUGCCUACAACCUCUACGGGCGGGGAGAGUUCUCGCCCACCCUGGACUUCACCACGGCCCUGGCAGAGAUAUCGGUGCCUUUCUCUGGGACACAGGGCCACACUCCCUUCUACUUCCGGCCAUACUUCGUGAUACCGGUGGCGGCCUCGGUCGUUGUUAUCGUAACGACCGUGGUCAUCGCCUGGGUGUGCUACAAGCGAAUGACGUUGCGGCAAGACAGGCUGCUAGCUGCUUGUGCACCACUUAUGCCCAGGGGCGUUGCUCUGACUGGCAACCGCCCAGAAUACUGCGAUCCAGUGGCCCGGCCCCCUUCUUAUACCCCGCCCAUGGGGGCGAGGCAUCCGGUGGGCGUGCCUGACGACGACGACGCAUAUGACGCACCUUGGGACAUGGCAAAUCCUUCUGGCGGACAACCCGGAAAUGCUCAAGCUGGAAGUUACACCAGGCUAAAAAGCCAACUGCCCAAUCCGGGGGGCGCCAUCGUCAUUGGCCACCAAAGCAGUUCUGGACGCUAGUCGAGCGGUGCCGUUAGUCAGCAGCAUCAGUUCAAGUUUUUGUACUUAUUGGACUAAGUCAGACUCUUUAAUUGGUACCCGAUUUUCUCGCGUGAAAACAUUUUCGACAACAGGAAUGAUGUUUCCAUCAGAGCUAUUGCGCUUAGAUAAUGUUUUCAUGUUAAAGAUCGCAAAAAAUCUUCACCUUGGCAAAGUGGUAGUGAUUCAUGGGUCUUGACCAUCUCUAAUGUUCUUGAGAGCAAUUCUUAUAAUGUUAACAAAGGUAAUUUCUCUCUUUUCAAAUGUAUAUAUCACCAAUAGAGUACUUUGUUUCUGAAAGUCCAGAGAUGUAAACAGAGAGGCGUUAGAAUCAACUGCCAAACCCCUAACCUCGAGUAAUUUUUUGUUGCAUUACUUUCUCAAAGUAAAUAAGAUUCUUAUUAUUAAACAAGGACAUUCAUUUUCAUGCAUAUAAUAUUGUUUUGAAAUAUGCAACUACAGUAGCACUUUCUUUAAGGGACACCUCUAUUUAAGAGAUUUUUUUUUUAAGUCCCAGCCCAUUUUGGUUUAAGGAAAGUCAGAAAAAAUUCCAAAAAAAAAAAAAAAAAAAAAGAUGAAAGUUUGACAUUAACAUGGAAACAAGUAUGUAUUGUAAAUUCCUUGCUGAAAUUUACAUGCAGGCUUUCCCAUCUCCAGUAAUUUAUUCAAGUAGGCUGAGCACAGAGGGACAUGACAAACUUUGUGUAGGAAACUUUGACUGUGAACACUAGUUGUAAUUUACAUUAUAUUGCAUUGAUGUUAAUUACAUGACAUCAAACAAAUCCAUGUGACAAAUUACUUCAAAAAUAAUUUCUGUAUGAUACAAAACUUUGCCAUUACUAACUUUGAUUAAAUUUAAUUGCAAAAAGAAUACAUUUCGAAAUUUUAAUAAUUACUUGGUUAAUUAUUGUAAUUACUUCACCUACUUAAUUAUUGACUUUUACUUUGUCAAAACAUUUUCAUUAUUGAAUCUUAAAUGGUAAUAGUUUACAUUUAUCAUAAAAUUAUCCAAAUCAAUAUACUGUACACAUUAAAUGAAAUACGUAUCUUUAAACAAGAGACACCUCUAUUUAAGUGGGAAAAUGUCCAGUCCCCUUAUUGUCCAUUAUUGAGAGGAUCUACUGCAUUAUUUUGAAGCAAGGAAGUCAAAAUAGAAGUUUUUAAAGGAGUGAGGGCACACACUACUUGAUUAACUACGUCAAUACGUAAAAGGGAUAAUGUAAGGUUACCAGAUGUUUGAAAAAGUCUUGACAAGUGAAAAUUUUGAGUGCUUCUUGGAAUUUCCCCAAGAAUUAAAAAUAUCCAAAUUUUCAUGGAAAAAUGGAAAAGUUUUUGAAAAAGUGUGCUGAUACUUAGUUUGCACAUUUAAAAAAAGAAUUAAUGAUGACUGCAAUGUAUCUCUUUGAGCCAUUUAGAAACUUGUAUUACAUAAGUCAGCUGUUUUUCAUAAGUAAAACACUACUCAAACUCCUUUCUUAUACUUUUGUACAUACCUUGAAUAGUAUGCUUAUCCACUAUUAAGGCAGAAAAUACCUUGAAAAAAAUGUUUUAUAUUUGGGACAUUUGUAAAAAUUUUCAAAGCUGCCAGAAGGAAUCGAUACUUUGCUUCUUUAGACUCGACAGUGUGAUAAGAACAUAGCAGUAAAAAAUGCAACAAAGAAGUUUUUGCAUAUUUUACUACAAUAUUGUAACGGAUCCGGUGCGGCUUCAAACUUUCUUGAAAGGACGACACAGUUCUUGAUGAAAAAUACAGGAAAUUUAUUUACACUAUGUACAAGAAAGAUAGUCAACAACUGCUAAAUUAUUCAUCAGCAAUUAAGCAAUUAUCACACAACACCGUAAACUCAACUUUUACACACGUAUUUACUUCCAAAUACGAAAACACAGCGAAAUGCCUCGCAAUAAACAGAGCUAAUACACUCUCAGAACAAAUUCUCAAUCGAAACUGAACUUUUUAUCCAGUGGGAUGCUUUUAUAAACAUCGAAAGAAAUCUCUCAAAUAUUCUACAAAUUUCCAAAUGCUUCUCGAAAUGCGUAGACUGUUAUCAAAUUUUAUCAAUGAAAAAAAGGAAAUAGGGGGGAUCGUAUACUUUAGCCGAAUGUAAAGGGGUUGUAUAUUCAUUACGGGAAACUAUUUGCAGGUUACGUUACUACAAUAAUUACUCUUUACAGAAUUUGUAACAAUACCUUAUUUGCCAUAUUGUUCAAAUUAAAUCUAGCAAUGCCUUUCUUAUUUGCUUUUUGGCUGCAGUUGACCUCUCAUUUCUAACAAGAUUUCUUAAGACUCUCUCUGCUCCAGAAUUUUUACACGUCAAGUUGUCACUUUUCUCUAUAGGAUACAGAGCAGGACACAUUCCUUGGACAUAACUUGACAGAGGACACUAUUUAAGCAUUCAGCAUACAUUCAUAACUUUUUUCUUUCUGUUCAAUUUUAUUUAAAAAGGCAUAAACGAAAAGUCAACUUAUGCACUUUGAGUGAACACUGAAUAUCUUUUGAGCCCCCCUUCUAUGCAUGCCUAAUAUUAUAGGCACACACGAUUGCUUUUGUCUAUGUGUGUAAGUGUGUUUUUUCGACUAAAGCACUUAUUUUAAGUGUAGGAUGAGAGAAUAUAAAAUGAUGCUGGGAAGCCAACAUUCUAUAACAGUUUGAUUCAAUAUUGUAAAUAUUCUCAGUUUUACUUGUAAAUAUACAGAUCAUAUCUAUCGAUGUCUACAUCAACGAACAUGCAUGCUUUGUUAAUUUUUUUAAAGGUAGUGAAGUAUUGAUAUGUGUCUCAAUAACGUUCUGAAUACAAUUACUACAUAUCCAUUCCCACAAGUGGAACUUCUUGAGGGAAAAAGAAAAACAGCUGCUUAAAAUUCAUUAUAAUAUUGUACAAUAAAAGACAUUUACAGAUACAAUUAAAACUUCUUUUCAACUGGAUAUAUGUUUGUACCAGUCUCUUAGCAGUUUUGUACAGAAUAUCUACAAUACUGCCACAAUGCCUAUAAAGUUUGUAAAUAGUUUCAAUGUAAACUA